AAAUUGUGGAGGCAAGGCAUUGACGCAGGUCACGCUGACUACAAAGCAGUAUGGCCUUUUGGGGACAAAGUGAGAGGGGGAGUCAAGAAGAGAGCGUUGAGGAAAAUGAGCUAACGCUUUCUAAGGAGCUGGGGGAAGGACAAAUCUGGAGAUGUUAUGAAAGGUCCUGAGCAGGCAGAGCCGCACGCUAUGAGCACCUCGGGUCUGUUCCGUUUUCCUGCCCCACUGACCAGAGUGUGCACGGUGCCCUGGGGACUCCGGCCCCGUGAGAAGCCGGAGCUCUUAUCCCCUGGAACAGCGGUCGCUCCAGUCCAGGCGGCAGGCAAGAAGGACCACCCUGCUCUGCCCUCCCUGGAUGAGCGUGAACUUGAGGAGCAGUUUGUAAAAGGACAUGGGCCAGGGGGCCAGGCAACCAACAAAACAAGCAACUGCGUGGUGCUCAGGCACGUCCCCUCAGGCAUUGUCGUCAAGUGCCACCAGACUAGAUCCGUCGAUCAAAACAGAAAGCUAGCUCGGAGAAUCCUGCAAGAGAAAGUGGAUGUUUUCUACAACGGUGAAAACAGUCCUGUUUACAAAGAAAAACGAGAGGCAGAGAAGAGAAAGCAAGAAAGAAAAAAAAGAGCAAAGGAGACCCUAGAGAAAAAGAAACUCCUGAAAGAACAAUGGGAAUCAAGUAAAAAUGCGCCCAGAGAAAGGACUGCAGAUUCUGACUGAAAGAACCUGCCGGAUGGGACUUCCCUGGUGGCACAGUGGUUAAGAAUCCGCCUGCCGAUGCAGGGGACACAGGUUCGAGCCCUGGUCUGGGAGGAUUCCACGUGCUGUGGAGCAACUAAGCCCGUGCACCACAACUACUGAGCCUGCGCUCUAGAGCCCGCGAGCCACAACUACCGAAGCCUGCACACCUAGAGCCCGUGCUCCGCAACAAGAGAAGCCACUGCAGUGAGAAGCCCGCGCACCGCAAUGAAGAGUAGCCCCCGCUCGCCCCAACUAGAGAAAGCCCACGCGCAGCAACGAAGACCCAACGCAGCCAAAAAUAAAUAAAUAAUUUUAAAAAAAGAACCUGCCGGAUGCCUCCAGGGACGGUGUGAGCUCCACCACCACCGCAGCUGUGACGGGCUCCAGAGACGGCAGAGUUUCUAAACAGCAGACAAACUGUAGUGAAUAGCAAUGCACACUUUGAGAAUAAAACUGUAAAAAGGAACACGAGGAAGUCAUUACUGUAGAAGGACAAGGGCACUUUUUGGGGGAGGAAAGGCCGUCGUCGUGACGCGGGGCUUGGAGGGGCUUCUGGGCCGCUGACAGGGUUCUGUGUCUUGACCUGGACGGUAGUUAGAAGUAUGUCACCUUUUAAGCUAUACACUUGUGUGACUCUAUCUUGUUUUGUUAUCAGAAGUUAGAAAUGAAAGUUGUUUUUUUUUUUUUUCCGGCUGCACCAUGAGGCUUGUGGGAACUUGGUUCCCGGACCAGGGAUUGAACCUGGGCCCCGGCAGUGAGAGCGCAAAGUCCUAACCACUGGACCGCCAGGGAAUUCCCAAAUGAAAAUAUUUUCGGAAAACGUUAAUGUUAAUAAUGGACUUUUUAUGGAAAACCAUAGAAUUGAGUCAAACAAUAUCAUUUAGUGCCUCCUUGUCAUCUGCUGGAAGGUCAUUGCUCAGUGAUACAUAGAUGUCAUUAAGAAAACGAAAGAAAACAAGAUGGCGAAAGAUUUACAAGUUAGUAAGUUACUUGCCCAUUUACCCUAUUAGCUUAAUAGACUGUAUGUUGACAAGUAACCUCUCUGAUGUGGAAAUACACAUGUCAUUCUCUGUAUGCUGAUUUACAAGUAGUAGGUUUAUAAAAGAUGAGGUUUCAGAAACUUGGGUUUGUGAAUUUGCUUGAUACCAUCCUUCAAGCUGGAUUUGACCUUACAAAUUGGGGGUUUUUAGGCAUGGUUUGUUAGGACACAUCUGGAAGUUUAUGCCUACAAGUAGUAGGGAAACAAACCGUGAGGUGAGACGCCACUGUCAGACAUAGGGUCUGCCUCAUCAGUGAAGACCAGACUGCGUGCAUCCAAAUAAAGUUACCUGUAAAGAAGCCAGGUAAGGGUCUUCUCACCUCGGAGUAGCCUGGUUUGGAAGUUUAGCUCUACGCAAGGCUCUCGACCUCUGGUCGCAGUGUGCAGGGCCCUUCCCAGCUCCAGCCUCCUUUUAGAAGGGAGCCCAGUGAAGUAUCUGGAAUGGUACACAGAGGACCGUAACAGUGGAAGGGAGUUUGGGGAGCUUCAGACAAGAGGGAUAGAAGCUUUCAUUUCUGUCUCCCUUCUUGAACCUUUUUGAAUUUCCUGUCAUGUCCACGAAGGAGAUGCAGACAAGCCGACUGCCUGGUAUCCAUUCCUCUGGCCUUUAGAGAUGUCAUGGCUGGGACCUGGCCUCAUGCCUGUGAAACUGACCACGUCCCUCCUUUUGUCUUAGUCUACCCCUCACCACGGGGAAUCCUCAUUACAUCGGGAUCGGUGCCUAAGGAAUAUAGUAAGGAUGACCUCAAAGUCCCUUUGGAAGGCACUGUUGGGGACCACCCCAUGAAUCCUCAACACAUCCAAGGCAACCCAGUUUUCCCAGCACCAGAGCAGGUAGUUCUUCCAGUGAGAACAGGAUGAAGUAGCUAGCUUGAGUUUAAAUGCUCACAGGAUAAGUUCCUAAAAACAAUGGCCUAACCUAGGGGAGCACAGAAAGGGCGAAAUCAAUAACAUCGCCUCUACUCUUGUUUUCUUUCCUGGUACACACUUAACAUCUGCUGCAGUUAAGAUGCAUCCAUAACGCAGCUUCACCUGAUCCCUGCCUUCUGACUUAACCGGCACAUCCUGUCCCUGGCCUGUUGUGCUACUGAUAUUGUCACGCAAAAUGUUUCUAGACCAGGUGGGAAAACGCCCUUUGACAGGUCUCUCCCCACUCGCUGAGGAGCUGUUCUUUAAAACACCACCAAGAAUUUGCGGAACCCACAUCUUAAUACAAGCUGUUAAUGAAAAUAAGCUUUAUUACAUCGAGUAAUAAAUACAAAGAUGCAAACAGUUCCAUUUUCUUCCAGAUGUUUGGAUCAACUUACAGGAGGCAGAACUGAAAUCUACAUAUAGUCUCAGGAAAAAUUUCGGGGAUCCUUGUUGGGUUUGGUUUGAGAGGUUGCUCUUCUGUAUGUAUAACUUGUGCAUUUUUAAAAUCGACUUCAAAGCACUAAUAGUCAUGCAGAUGCUUAAGCAAAAAAGAAUUUACGUUAAGCAGCAUCUAUAGUGUAUGGGAAGCGAGGGGACCAGCUACUAGUGAAGUGUGCUGUCAAGUCCGCACUACAAAAAAAACCCCCUUCAAGUUGUAUCAGCUUAUGAAAAGGAACAAAGAACAGUCCGGGUUACAUAAACGUAUUCAAAAGAGGAGAGCGAGACGCCGGUAUCUUGGAGGCAAACUAGUUUGCUGUAAGACAGGGAAUUUUUACGUGCAUCUUUUGAAUCAAUGCUUUAAAAAACAACAACAAACACCUGGGUAGUUCCUAACUAUGUAAAAUGUAACUCCCAAUCAACUGCCAAAUCUUUCCUCAAUGUUACAGACUGUAGAUUCGGAGCCUAGUGAACCAUGGGAGGGGCAGGGGGAGGAGAAACCAAACUGUUACCAUUUUGAAAACAAAAGUUUCAUCUGAACAGGGGAGAUGAACUGUAACUUCUUCUCUCCGAAGAAGAUGGAAAACCGUCCAGGCUCACAAGGCAGCUAGGACCUGGCAUUCCGUUCCGUUUCAGCCAAGCACUCCCGCACCAAUCCUCGAGCGUGGAUGAUGCCUGGAAGAGAAGCAGAGGCGGGCGUCAGCCAGCAGCACCCAUUCCAGAAGAGGAGGAGGGUCCUUCCACACCAACCGCGAAACCCUCGGACUGGAGGAAACUCGGGCCCUGCAUCCAACAACCCAAACCCCAUCCCACCCCUCAAAGCCAAAACCCCUCUUCACGUCUCCCUAAAAGUUUCUUCCCACGCUCAAGGUGACAGCCAGCAAGCUCUCUUUUUAUGACGUGACUCUAUUUGAACCAUGUUACCAUCCAGAUGUCAGGAGUAAGUGUGUCCUCACCCAAGUUCUUUAAGCGGGGACCCGCUUAGGAGAUUCCACGCCUUCAAACCAUUAUUUUUCCGAAAUUCUACAAAGAGCUUGACAAUGUCGGGCAGCCUGCCUGGUUCGGGUGCGAGACGAAUGCUCACUCAGGCCACCUUGGUCCACUGCUUUGUCCUUCCCCCCAGGGGAUGGAUGCCAUCUUGUGCACUAUUAUUCUCCCCUCAUCUUUUAUCUCUAUAGUUAGGGAGUUAUCUAUUGCUUGUUUGGGUUUUGUUUUGUUCUUUUUUUGGCUUUACUGAACUUCAUGAAAUAUUGAUUUCAUUUUAAUAGACACCAAGAAUCUACUCCUUCCAAGAGCUGACCCCCCAGAGGGUACUGGGAAUGACACCCCAAGUCACUCAGGUGUCCCCACCUCACACGUCUUACCCCCCAGAGGUUCCGAAGACUUCCUGGAAAGGGCUGUGUAGCCGCUGUCGCAGCACUCCACUCUGCCCUUGUACUGCGACAGCGGCCCCAGACAUUAAUAAGCAACGGGUGUGGCCCUGUUCCAACAAGUCUUUACUUAUAACACUGAAGUCUGAAUUUCACAUAAUGUUCACAUGUCACAAAAUCAUUUUUUUCACCA